GUUCAGUUCUUUCUUUUAUUUUAGACAUGACUUUUAUGUUUAUGUUCACACUGUAGAAAUCUGCAUUAAUUGUGGCACUUUUUUUUUUUUUUUUUUUUAAAUUACGUUAUAUGGAGGUUGAUAGGGGGCAUCAUCUCAUACAUUGUGUGUUCAAGCCUAGUUGUAAUUUGCUUUUCUGAUUUCGACUUCAUUUUUUAUUGUCUGUAUCGAAUGCUAUUAUUAUGGGAUAGUGAGAAUGAGACAAUGUUGUCAGUGUCACGUGCGAUUUUGUGUCGCAUUGCCUGUAAAGUCAAGUUCAGAAUUUCAUUAAAAGCUUGAAUGAGACGAGUGAUGAAGCUGCCGGAGGAGACUUGAGGGAGAUCAAGUUUAAAAUCAAUAACGAGGGAAGUCAAAUGAAGCCAAACUUGACGUGUGCGCACUUCUAACAUCAUCCCACCAAACUCUUCAUUCAUGUUCCAGCUUUGAGAAACGAAGGGGAUUUAGAAUAAAGCUGAACACACAAAAGUUGAAUUCCAAAAUGGUUGCGGAGGUUGUUGUUGCACUGUCGCCUGUUGUCAUGUCCCCCCGGUGCCUGUAGUAGUGCUGUAAGAAGCCUCGAUCCGGCGACCAAACCAACACCCUGUGCUCCAUGUAUACGCGCAUUUUUAUCCAAAUAACCGACAUCCAAACGCGCCCGACAUUCGCUCAAAGGUGCGUGCGGGAACCAAAUCAGGACCAUCGCCGGAUAUACGCGGAGAAAACACCUCGGGAUUAAGCCGGUCAUUCGUAAUAGCCGUCUAUAGUGGGUGAAAAAGCGAGCCUUGUCCGGCUAACGCUAGCGCUAGCGGGCUAAGCUAAAACCGGAAGCGAGCAGCUGGCGCAGCACGGGAGUCGGAGUGAGUAGAAAGCCCGCGCAAGUGCGAGGCGGAGCGGGUUGCUUCCUACGUGACUCAGGAGGAUUCUGUAGGCCCACGCUGAUGUUUCAGAGAGAUUCAGCCUUGGGAUGUAUGAAGGGAAACAUAUUCACUAUUCGGAGGUGGACCACAAGCCUCUUUGUUCAUACAGCCCAAAGCUCUGCAAACAGCGCAGGCUUAAUGGCUACGCUUUUUGCAUUCGACAUGUUCUGGAGGACCGGAGCGCCCCUUUUAGGCAGUGUGAAUAUGUAGCCAAGUACAACAGUCAGCGCUGCACCAACCCCAUCCCAAAGACUCAAGACCGCAAAUAUUGCAGCAGUCACCUCCAAGUAAUGGGUGUCCUGCCAAAGAAAGAGAGAAAGAAGAAGCAAGACACUCUUGACUCUCUGGCCCUUAACAUCACUGUGCCCUCUCUGGCUCUGAAAGCAUCUAAUGACCUGGACCACUUACUGCCAACUUCACCCUCCUUACUUACUCGUCUGCUCCCGUUGGACCCCUAUGCCUUCUUUAAGGUUGAUAAAGUGAAGAAAGAAGGCCCUAACUUGGGGAAGAAAGUCACAAACCGUUCAAUUAAUCAUAAACAAAGACAUAAAGAUCACACCGUGACCCCAGUCAUCUCCCCACAUCCCAUUCCUAUUCAUUCUCAACAUGCUGUAGGACCUGCCCAAGCUUCUUUAGCAUCCAAAUCCCCUCUUAUAUCCAUCUCACAACAUCCAAAACCUAAAUCAGGACCAGUAUGCACAACAGCUCCUGUUCAGGCUGGCCAUCAAACCUUGAUCACCACCAAUCCCAAGCCAGAGAUGCAUGCAGAGCUUGCUCUUACCCAGAGAGUUGUACCUUCAACUCCAAGCACAUGUUUGGGCCCAGCAAAGGAGCUGAGAGCACCAGCGCAUCAUCAGGCUCCAUGCUUGAUGCAGCUUCACAGGCUGAUAGAGCAGCAGAGAAGAAAGCAUGAAGAUCCAAGACCUCAUUUUGAGCUGUUCGAGGACAGCGGAGAGGACGAAGAGAGUCAAAUGGAGAAAGUGACAUUGUUUGAAUAUCAGAGCCCACAGGAAAAAAGGGCUGCUGGUUCUGGUUCCCGCAGGGAGCGACUGGCGGGGCUUUGCGGCUAUUUGAGGCAAAAGCACAGACAAUUGCGUAGAUCGGAAAGAGGGUUCAGGAGAGAGAGACAGUCCCAGCACACUCUCCGUAAUGCUUUGCUUCAGGCAGCCACACAUGACUCUGAUCAUACUGCUCAAAUAAUUCAGCAGCGUCAUACUGAAAUCUCAAGUACUGCAGGCAGCUCAGACUCAGGACUGUGUGUGGCCCAGGUUAACGGCAAAGCCUGCACUAACCACUCCUUGCCUUUCACCAGACACUGCCUCCAACAUAUCCUGCACAACAGGUCACAGCAGCUGUUCUCAAGCUGCACUGCACGUUUUGCAGAUGGGGCACAGUGUUCUGUCCCAGUCUUCGACAUCACACAUCAGACACCACUCUGUCAAGAACAUGCAAAGAAAAUGGAUAACUUCCUACGUGGAGAUGUCAGUCGCAGAACGUACCAUCACCAGCAGCAGCUGCAGCAACGGCGGCGGCUAAAGAAGGCCAAACUUCCGACGUUGAGCAAAAAACAGAAGAAGAAGGGUAGAAGAGGAGCAGUACGGCGACCUCAGAAACCCAUCCCCCCUGCACUGCCCCAGGGUAACCUCGGAAUACCCUCUGUCCUGUGCCUACUGACACAAGCAACUGGGAUAAGGAGUCCUUUGACCCCUGAUUUGAGUGCUGAUGAGCUUCCGGAUGACAUCACUAGUGACAUCAGUGACAUUCCUCAUGACCUGGAGCUGAAUCAGGAAGAUUUUGAUGUUCUGUCCCGAUUCCCAGACGACCUGCAAGACUUUGAUCUGUUUGAAGGUAAGCAAAAUGAGCUCUUACCUACUUCAGAGGAAGCUGAGGAGCUGGUGCGGGUCCUACAGGACAUGGGGUCCUACCCAGAAUCCCUGGCAUGCCUGAGCAGUAUAGCUGAGCUGGGUCCAGUGGAGGGCUCGGACUGCCGUGGGAUGGAAGGCGGUGUCAUGGACCUGCUUGGUGCUCGUCUUUCAGCUGAGACCCUGUCCAGUCUGGAGUUGGACCCAAGCCUGCUUCCGACAACAGAGGACACCUUCCCCUCUUCCCCACGCUCCCCCCCUUCUUCUAUAAGUCACCUAAGAGACAAUUCUCGUUCACAGAGGCGUCACUUAACGCACAUCGAUGACCCCAAAGAUGAUCUGGUGGAUGAGGACGUGUCGCACGGCUCCUGGGGUGUCCUCGCUCUGCCCCUCAGUGACUCGACUCAGCUCCACAAUCUCAUCACCUCAGACGGCCUGCUCAUGUCCACAGCGUUGUCCACGCCACCUACUCCCAUGCCAACAGCCCCUUGCCGACCCACCGCCACGCUUUCUGCCCUACCUGAGAGCAGCCUGACCAUCCCAGUCACUUCUGCUUCCUCUUCUUCACCCAGGGUGGACUUCCUGUUUCCAGGGCAGCUCAAACACUCACUCUCUACUCUGUUAAGCCACUGCGGAAUUCCUGCUGACUUGCAGCCUCACCACAGCGCUCCAGCGCCCACUAUGGACCAGACCUGAACGGCCAUCAUGAACAUUUUCAAGUGCACAUCUCUUAGUAUUCAGGGAAGGUUUUAAUUUUAUAACUUGCAUGGGUUCUUCAGCUUAACUACUCUAUCUUCCAAUAUCCUGAUGGGUUUUUUCUGUCACUUGCACACCCCAGAGCAAUAAGGAAACCCCACAAGCAAGAGUAUAUGGCACGCUUAUUUUCUACGACAGAUAAAUUAGAUGGAUUUUAGCCAUGGAUGCACACCACUUGUAUUCUUAUAUAUGCAUAUUUAAUAUAUUUAUAGAGUAGUGAUGUGCACAGCUAGUUUUAAUGAUGAGUCCAAACAUGUGGUUUACUGUUAGAAAUGUGGUUACUCGUUUAGAAAUAAUAUGGAAUGGUUAUAUGAUGGAACAAAACAAUGGCUGAAAGAUAUCACAGGUGUAUCGGUUGUCUCCUCCUGUCCUGUAACAGUUAAAGUGGUUAUAUCGGCGGCUGGUGUUUGUGCUUUUCGUAGCUGUUCUGCUGUUGGGUUCUGCUUUUUUAGUGUCAAGUGCCAUGAAAGCUAUGUAAACCUUUUCAUAAUCAGUGUGCUGCAAAUCAAUAGUGUCCUUUGAAGAAGAGCUAUAGAUAUGCUUAAAAUGUCCUUGUUAUGAACAUCUCAUUCUGUAUAUGUAAUGUAACCCUGAUGCCAGGAAUCCAUAUUUUCUGGCUUCCACAUUUGCGAUUAAUUUUUGGAAGAUGUUUUGUCGCUUGUGUAACGGAUCAAAGAUCAGUAAUGUUUGCAUCAUCUCAAGGCCUCUGUAAGAACGGAUUGUAUUAAUUAUCUUCACGGUAACAUCACACCAAUCUCAUAUUCUCACAUCGCAUGAAAUUUCAGUCAAAGACAAGUUGGUGUCAGAUAAGAACAGAGAAAAAAGUGUGUUUCAUUCGAGUAGGCCUGCCAGUGUCUCAGAUAAUGCUGCUUUCAUCAGUGUCAAUAACAGUAUAUUACUCCUGCAUAAACAGAGAAGCUGGGACCUGUAUUUUUUUUUUUGUAUUUGUAUUCACUGAAUGUAUUGAAUGAUGGAAGGAUUUGUUUAUUAUAACCAAUAGAAUUUUAUCGCCCCCUCUGCUUCAUGUAUUGAAAUGUCUUGACUUUUUUGUUACUAAAGGUUGUGGAUGUGGGUAUGUGAUAAACACAGAUGUAUCACAUUUUUUGUUUGUUUUAUCAGAAAUGCGUAAAUUAAAUCUGCUAUGACUAUUAGACAA